AUGAGAAGGAGUUUGGAGAACGAACUUGUUUGUCAUCACCAUCAUAAGCGGAAAGGAUUCCAGUGUCAAACUACUGGUAAAACUGACAAUAACAACAACAACAAUAACAACAACAAUAGCAAGAUGCAGGCACGAGGAAACAACCAACAGCCGCCAAGACAUCCAGACUGCGAGUCUCAUGACGACGAGGAGGAGGAAGAAGAGGAACCAAGAAGAAGAACAACACAACAACAACAUCCUUUCCGACUGAAUUUCGAUGCCCACUACGAUGAUCUGUUAGAUGAGUUGCUCUCCGAUGAUGUCGAUCCUUCGCCCAAAACCACCCCUCUAGAAACUCCGUCGUCUCCCAUGUUGAACCGCUUUUGGGCAACUACGGCUGCCGACGAAGACGAUCACGACUACCAUGACUAUUAUCCACGAGAAGAUAUCGAAAACUUAAGUUUUCCAAACAAGUCGACCAUGUUUAAGCCGUCGUCUCCACCGCCAUCGUUUUCUCCGUCUCCUGGAAAGGCACCGCUACACGUCUUACCCAAGGCGGCGUCCGCUGGAGACGCCGAUAAGUAUCGGUAUCAUAAGAAUCGUCGUCGCAACCAUAAUAAUGAGGUUGUACAAACAGGGCGCUUUCAUCACCAAGUCAUCAUGGCAGAUCAAGGCGCCGAAUUCCCCAAACGUCGACUCUCCACAGGGUGCAUCCAAGAACCCACAUCCCACUGGCUGGCCAACCAGAACUUGUUGCAACCACACGAUCAAAAUCACGAGCAGCAACAACGACAAACUUCCGAACAAAUGGCCGCAGAAUUCGUCAAGGAAGAAGGUGUUCCACUUUAUCCUGCCAAUAAUAACAACAACAACAGCAACGAUGAGGACGACGACGACGACGACGAACAAGAUGGGUUUCCAGAGAUCCAACAUUCCGCCACUAUUUCGACCCAGUCGACGCAGUCCACGACAUUCGACAUGAUGAUGCGAGAUCCCAUGGUCAUGGCAUACUCCAUUGAUAGCUUGGAUAAUAUCAAACCUUCAGGUUCGACAGCAUCGUCGACGGAAGGUCCUCCUUCCAUUAAAGAAUCUACAACGACAACAAGCUCUGCGGGUGUGGAUGCUGGUGGUGGUGCGCCUCCUCCUGAGGAAGAAGAAGAGUCCCAACCAACCGCUGACGAAGAAGGACCCAACGAAGACCCUUACGAAUGGGCUUACAACGUCUGGAAGCGAAAGGGGCUGAUGGCAGGAGAGCCAACAGACAAACGUCGACCCGAGGCGCCGGGAAUUGCUACGGCAUCUUCGACAGAGUCGUCAACAGCACCAUCGUCCCAGAGCAGUCAGCCUCGGACCAUCACCAAGGCAUCCUCGGCUGAAUCGUCUCAGGCCAGCAAAAGAAGUCAAUCCUCUCACAAGAGUCACAUUAGCAAAAAGAGUCAAGCGACGCAAGCAAGCAAGAUGAGCAACAAAAGUCACGCCAGUCAAUCUACGAAUGGAAGCGAUAGGACUCAGAGCACCACUGGAAGCUGCAGCACGGCCAGGAUUCGAAAACCAAAGGAUCGUCAGAGCAUGCCAUCCAGAAUCACUAACAACAGCAAGCCCAAGGCACGCAAUGGAGCAGGAUUCUCCAUUCUCUUGAGCAAGUGGCAAGACAAGAGUGACGGGAAUCCCAAUGCGCAUUUCUUGUCCCCGCGAGAACUUUCACCCUUGCGAACGGCACAGCCGAGACCCAGAGAGCUUUCUCCUGUACGGUCGCCACAGUCGAGGCCCAUACCGGUAGUGAAGUCACCGCAAGCGGCAUUGUCACCCAAGCCCACGGUCAGGUCACCACAGGCAGCAGCAUCAAGGCCCACGCAAAGAUCCCCGCAGGCGGCUUCUGUGAGAUCCCCAAAUGCGUCCAGGGGCUUUGUGAGAUCGCCACAGGCAGCAGCAGGUCGUAGUGUGCAGUCAUUCCAACAACGACCCGCACCAAGAGCCAUAUCCAUACAAGCCCGUGCCAGUAUUGAUACAACCUCGGUAGUUUCGCCAAGCAGUAGACGUAAGAUGCUAGGUGGCAACCCCAAAAACAGCAGCAACAAGAAGCAAACCAAGCCACAACCGACAAAACUUGCACUGGUGGAGAGUUGCAACAAUACGGAGGCCAACAACAAGACUCAGUCGUCAUCGAUUAUUGACACCACACCUGUCUUAUCACCGAGCCGACGUCGCAUGCAAAAUGCUGUCGACAGGAGCGAAUCAGGUAAUCCACCGUCUGUGAGUUCCCAGCAGCAGCACCCACAUGCAGCAACUGCACCAGCAGCAGCGGCAAAGCCACACCCGUGGCCAACUCCUUCCAAGAAUAGGAACGCACUGUCCCGAUUCCUUCAACGCUCCAAGCAGACACCAACCCAGCCGCCAACACUGCAGUCGUUUGGAGAAAAGAGCCGAGAGAGUUACCAUAAACUCAAUAAGAUGGCUUUUGCUGACAAGUCAUCGGCUGAAGCCAUCAAAGAACAACAGGAGGAGCAGGUCAACAAUAUGAUUCUUGAGAUUACUCCUGUAUUGCCGUCACGUGAACGACCUUCUCGUCACAGCCUUUCUCCCAAAUCGACCGUGUCGUUCUUGUCGCCCGGGGACGACACCUUGCUCGAGCCUCGUGAUGUGAUGCGCCAUCGUCCCACAAGAAGUGACAACACGUACAACUCCCGAAACACAAGUUACACACCGGUGUCCAGUUCUGUUCCUUGCAAGGAAAUAUUUGUCAUGAAGGACGACGAAGUCUCGCUCGGUUUACAAUCGAAUGACUUGAGGAGUAUGGCUGGAGAAAGCGAGUAUAAUCGUAGCGUCGAACCAAGUAUCCAGAACAAGAUGCACUUUACCAAUCUUCACGACAUUCUUGAAGGCCCCGCAGACAGCAUGAGUUUCGAUUCGCAGAGCCAAGUGACGCACAUUUCAUUCCGCACAGAGACUCUCCGGACGUUGGACAAGAAAGUGAACGAGAUUCAUCUGACGACCUCAACCACUCCUCCGUCCGGCAAGACAAAACCUGAAGAUGGCGAGGAGGCCGCUGCUGCCGCCGAGGAACCAAUGGCAGAAACCCCUCUUCGGGAGACAAUGCUCGACGAGAUGGUUGGAGCAAGUGCCGUGACCCCAGAAUAUUCGGAUCGACCGUGGAGAAAGGAUUUGCUGGUCCGAAACAUGGCAACGGCGAUGGAGAAGGCCCGUGGCGGCCAGUUUGAAUGUGAUUGCGAGCAUUCGUUGGCUUUGUUCUCGGAGAGGGACGAAAUGGUGGAUUUCUUUCUUCCACUUGUGUCCGUGAGCUGCUCUUGUCGCAAAUCCAAAAAGUUGGUGAACCCUGAAGAUCCCAAUUCGCUGGAGAAUAUCUUGCGGCCGUGGCAAAUAUCCUUUUUGAAGGCGUUUGGCAUUGUGAAGGGCGACCAGUUGGUCAAGGCCCACCAUCGAAGUGCGAGAUCCUUGUCCAAAUCCCUCUACAAUUGGCGCCAAAAGAACGACAUGACAACGUUUCGAGUUGGCAGCUGUGGCAUGGCCUUGCAGAUCUGGUCCAAUACAUGCAAGGCAUAUGUCAGGUCUAUUCGGAAGCAACGUGCCGACGGCAAAGACCCCAUUGAGCGCCCUAAUACGUUGAGUAUCCUAUCGAUGUUUUUGGAUAAGAUGCCUUCUCAAAUGCACCGUAAUCUUCCCCAGCGCCCCAGCACGGAUGGCAACAUUCCUGAUUCCAGCAAGGUUGAAAUCUAA